AUGUUCCAAAACCAGCAAUCUCUUGCGAGUCGAGGGUCUCUAUCGUAUCAAGAGCUCCCUAAUACCUCUGGGGAUACCCAAACGUAUUCAGACAAUUUCACUCACAGCGAUACGGCGGGAUACGGCGACAAUCGUCAACAAUCUCUCUUUGGAGAACCCCAUGCCCCCGUCCCAAACCAUCCACCCCCUACUACUACAAGCAGCUUGGACCAUCCCCAGCUAGCGAGUCACCGAUACCCGGUCAAGAGGCUGCGACGCCUACCGCUUAGUGACUCAGCAUCUGCUAGUUUUCGCACGGAAAGAAGCUAUCUUAAGUCCCAAAAGUAUAUGGAGUAUAGGGCACGGCCGCGCCGGGAUACUGGUAAGGAUGGGGAGCCAGUAUGGUCGGACGAGCUGGAGGACGCAUUUCAGGAAGCCCUUGAGGCAAACCCACCCAUGGGGAGGAGAAAAUGCUACGAACGUGGGAAGUCGUAUGGUCGAAAUGAACUGAUUGCGAAUUAUGUCUAUAAAUCAACAGGCAAGCGGAGGACGAGGGUACAGGUAUCAAGCCAUUUGCAAGUCCUUGAUUCUUUCCUCAAGGGUAACCCAGACUGGGAAAGGCUAGUUCGAGGACAACCGGCCGGCCACUCAAAUAGCCAGACCGACCCUUCUGGUCCUAGAUGGAGAUCGUCGAUAGAUACCUCACCUUCUAACCACUGCAAUUCAUACGUCGAUGUAGUCCAAUGCCUUAAAUUCGACAUGUGGGCCACUGCUCCGACGAUGCCAGAAGGUAUGGAGCAUGCCUUCCAUGUGUAUACCCGCCUCAUGGGAAACCAGCGGGAAGCACCUAUGCCCUUGGAGAAUUUAACGAACUGGCGAACGUCCUUUCCACGCCUGAACUCCUCGCCCUUAGAUGUUAACGACUCCUUGAACUGCGAAAUAUUACUUAUCGAGGCUAGUCUUAAGUUGAUGGAUGACUUUCCUCCUGUGGGGUCAAAGUUAGGAAUCUCCCUGGAGCUUGACAUUGCCAGUCCUACGUCGGGCGAAGCACCGAUGAGCAACCAGAUGGAGAAUUGGAGUUGCUCCACUUACCUAUACGAGGAUGGCCAGUCCGCGUUUAUAUCAAAGCACAACUUGCCUAAGCAGCACGCCACAAAGGUCAAACCCCCGUUUGAGUCGUCGUGGUGGGUAAAGGUGUUCACGUCCCUUACAGAGGAAAAGCUACAGGCCGAAUCCAGCGGGCGUCACCAUGUGGCUGAGGAGCGUAGUAGACAGUACUUCCGCACCCUGACCGCAGUUCAGGAGAUCUGUGCCAGUAAGCCUGCCAGUCUGCCACGGCUGCACAAUCGAUGCCCAGAUUCUUCCAGCGAUGAAGGCAAGAGAAUGGCUAUCAUCCUCUGGAAGUUUCACCAGGCGCGCCCAAAUGAGGUCGGCGCCACCAUAUGGCGUAGACUAAUCACUUCCCCAAGCCGUACCUUUACCAAUAGCCCUAGACCAACCAAUCCAAUUAUCCUUCCUCGUCUUUCUUCUUUAGAUUCAGCUCUACCGAGCAGCCGGCCGAUUCCCAACACGUACCAGGCCACUCAGACUCAUGUUCCACUGGUGGACUGGCCGUUUGACAUGCUUAGCAUUAACAAAUCAGAAGAAGGGUUGUCCGCUAAGAGGAACUCAGCUUGGACACUUGACCCAUUUCCUAGCCUGCAGCAGCAGACUAGCUUCGACGUCUCCAUUAGCACACCCAUGAGGCCACCUACCCCGCCUCUACCACAAAAAAGUGUUACGACCUACGGUCUCGGCCACGAGAGCCAUUCGGUAUGCCGGGACGAUCUGGUGGGGAUUAUGGGGGCCAUGUCUGGUGAUGGUGGUACAAAUAGGGCACGUCUCCAAUCUCCUUUGGAGGAUAACUUGAGGAUGGAAUCCACCGGCCAGGACACAUUUUCACAAGAUUGGCAUCCAGGUGGGCCAAAAGCUUCGGCAAAGGACGCUCCUAGUGCAGGCGACGGCGCAAAUACCUGGCAAUUUACACAAACUGGAGGAAUUACGGAUUCAGGCUAUGCAUCUACAAGAGUAGAUACAUAUGGAUGCAUCAAGAGCGGCAGGAAUAUUCAACCUGAACUUCCUUCUGAUUCGGGAUACGUAUCAGUAGAGCAACUCCCAACGCCACAGACACAAACCUCACUGCAAAUGGACGCAGCCAAGACGGUUUACUCUGACACAUCGAAUUGGUUUACAAAAGCUGUUUCCUGGCAGCCUGAUGCGCAGACAAUGAAGAGAAUUUCCCGAAGCCAGCCUUGA